GCGGCGGCGACAGCGGCGCGGCCCAUGGCGGCAGCGGCGGCAGCAGCGGCGCGGUGCUUGCGGGGCGCCCGGCGCCUCCUGCCCGCGGGCGCACGGCGGGAGAGCUGCGAGCUGGCCCGGCUGGCGGGGCCCGUGUUUGUUGCCCAGAUGCUGGGGUUCCUCAUCAGUGUGGUCAGCUCCAUCUUCUGUGGCCACCUGGGGAAAGCCGAGCUGGAUGCUGUGACGCUGGCUGUGUCUGUUAUCAACGUGACGGGCAUCUCCAUCGGUUCUGGUUUAGCCUCAGCAUGCGACACGCUGAUGUCCCAGACAUAUGGUGGCAAGAACCUGAAGCAGGUGGGCACCAUCCUGCAGCAGGGGAUCCUCAUCCUGCUGCUGUGCUGCUUCCCUUGCUGGGCGCUCUUCAUCAACACCGAGAGGAUCCUCCUGCUCAUCCGACAGGACCCUGAGGUCUCCAGGUUAACUCAGGUCUACGUCAUGAUCUUUAUUCCAGCGCUUCCUGCGGCGUUUCUGUACCAGCUGCAGACGAGAUAUUUACUAAGUCAGGCGAUCAUUCUGCCUCAGGUGUUGACGGGGAUUGCAGCCAACAUCCUCAAUGUGGGCAUGAAUGCCUUCUUCCUAUAUGCGCUGAAGCUGGGCAUGGUGGGCUCUGCCUGGGCUAACACUGUUUCUCAGUACACCCAGGCCAUUCUCCUCUUCCUUUACGUGUGGUGGAAGAAGAUCCAUGUGGAGACCUGGGGAGGUUGGACCAGGGACUGCCUCCUGGACUGGGGGUCCUUUAUCCGCCUGGCGGUACCCGGCAUGCUGAUGAUGUGUAUUGAAUGGUGGACCUUUGAAAUCGGGAGUUUCUUGGCAGGGCUGCUGAGUGUGGUGGAGCUGGGUGCGCAGUCCGUCAUCUACGAGCUCUCCUCUGCGGCGUACAUGGUGCCUCUGGGUUUCAGCGUGGCCGUGAGUGUCAGAGUGGGCAAUGCCUUGGGAUCGGGAGAUGUGGUGCAAGCCAAGACCUCCUGCAUCACCGCACUGCUGUGCGCAGGAAUUUUUGCUGUGGUGGUUGCAACAUUACUGGGAACCCUAAAGGAUGUGGUGGGAUACAUCUUCACCAAUGACAAGGAGAUCGUUAUCUUGGUGUCCAGAGUGAUGAUCAUCUUUGCUCCGUUCCACUUGUUUGAUGCAACAGCAGCGACCUGCGGCGGCGUGCUGCGGGGCACAGGGAAACAGAAGAUGGGCGCUAUCGCCAACGCCAUCGGCUAUUAUGCCAUCGGCCUGCCCAUCGGCAUCUCGCUGAUGUUUGCGGCUAAGAUGGGGGUGUUAGGUCUGUGGGUGGGGAUGAUCGUUUGCAUCUCUUUGCAAGCCCUUUCCUUCUCGGCUUUUGUCAUGCGCAUGGAUUGGAAGAAAGCUGCAGAAGAGGCUCAAGUCCGAGCCGGACUGAAAAAACAACUGGAAGAUGUGAACUCCAAUGGCACAGCUGCUAACAAAACAUCUGCUGUGGAUUACGUCUCCGUUGACACAGACACGGCGGACACUGUGGUCCUUCCCGAGAACAUCGUGGGAGGUGAGAGGCAACCUGACCACCAGCUCAUCACGCAGGAGGAGCCUGCUGUCACCCCUGCUCCUCCCGCCGUGGCAUGGAGGGCCCUGAUCAUCCGCCGGGUGCUGGCUGCUGGUGCCGCAGUCGCUGUCCUGUUGGUGGGCGUACUGGUCCGGCUCCUGACUGGCAAUGGCUAGAACUGGUGACGCUGGGGAGCUGUGUGCAGAGCAGGAGGGCACGCGGUAAUGUCCCAGGAGGAUGGUGCAGGGCAAGGAAUUCCCCUUCAGUUACUUGUAAAGAGUCAUUUCGCUCACUUUCAGGUUAACUCAAUGUUUUAUCCCACGCACAGAAUUCUUAAAGAGGGUGAGGAAGUGGUUGAGCGCUGGUCCCUCUCCUGCGGUGCACCGGGCUGUCACUCCGGGUAGGUGGGAGGGCAUCCUGGGGCUGGCCCGGGGACCUUGUGCUGCUGCCCUGCUUCCUGUUCCCUGGGGGCAUUGCUCCGUGUCACUUGCGUUGUUUCCUCACGCACCAGUCUGUGCCAGCACCUCGGCGUGGCAGAGCCCGCUUGGUACCGCUGCAGCAGCCCAGAGCAAGGCCGGUUUCGUUGGAAGAUGUCUGACUCUGGCUGGGGCGUUGGGUGCUGGCUGCUGGCCCCGCUCUCCCUGCUGCGUGGCAGGCACGGGGCCUAAAGCAACUCUUCUUUGCACUUUUGUAAGGUGCGAUUUUGAUACAAUAAAGUUUUCUGAGUAAA